AUGUCCAACCAAAUAGAAAAUACUGAAAACUCACAGAAUACUAGUUCAUCAAGGUUUUUGAGGAAUGUACAACGGUUGGCCUUAAACAAUGUAACAAAUACAACAUUUCAAAAGAGCAAUGUGAACAACCCAGCUUUAACAAAUUUCAAAUCCACAAUAAACUCUGCAAAGAAGGAGGGAAGUCGGAUUCCUCAAUUUGCUAGAGAAAGCGCAUCAAGAACAACAGCCGCACAAGAAGAAAAAAGGAUUCUGAAAGAUAAUGGUAUCCAACUCCCUAACAACAAUGCUUCAGAUGAUAAAGAAAACCAAGAUCCAAGUAGCCAACAAUUUGGCGGAUUAACUUCCAUAAAGGAGGGAAGGGCUGAGUUGCCUGCAAAUGUAAGUUUACAAAAAUCCUCCUCUGCCAAGGAAAUCAUCCAGCAUGGUUCUUUAAAAGGCGUUGGAUCAGGCCCUGAGAUAGUUCAUAAUUCAGUAGAAAACGAGGAACUUCAUCCAGCUAGAAGUCAACUUCAAGUUAGAAAUACAGAAAGUGAAAAUGACAGUGGGAAAAAAAGACCAAUUUCUACAAUUGUUGAACAAGAAUUGCCCAAAAAAUUUAAAGUGUGCGAUGAAAACGGAAAAGAAGAAUACGAAUGGGAAGAUCUAGACGCAGAAGACGUCAAUGAUCCAUUCAUGGUCAGCGAGUACGUCAAUGAUAUAUUUGAGUACCUUCAUCAACUAGAGGUCAUUACUCUUCCAAAGAAGGAAGAUCUCUAUCAGCAUAGAAAUAUUCAUCAAAACCGAGAUAUCUUAGUUAACUGGUUGGUUAAAAUUCAUAAUAAAUUCGGCUUAUUACCGGAGACUUUGUAUCUUGCCAUCAACAUAAUGGACAGAUUUUUGGGUAAAGAGCUAGUUCAAUUGGACAAAUUACAACUGGUUGGUACAUCGUGUCUUUUCAUUGCCUCUAAAUAUGAAGAGGUGUAUUCUCCUAGUAUAAAACAUUUUGCUUCAGAGACAGACGGUGCAUGUACGGAAGAUGAAAUUAAGGAAGGGGAGAAGUUCAUUCUAAAGACAUUGAAGUUUAACCUAAAUUAUCCUAAUCCAAUGAAUUUUCUGAGAAGAAUUUCGAAAGCAGAUGACUACGAUAUACAGUCCCGAACUCUUGCCAAAUUCUUAUUGGAGAUAUCAUUAGUAGAUUUCAGAUUUAUUGGGAUACUACCCUCACUAUGCGCAGCAGCUGCGAUGUUCAUGUCGAGAAAAAUGUUAGGUAAAGGUAAAUGGGAUGGAAACCUGAUACACUAUAGCGGUGGGUAUACUAAAGAAGAACUUGCACCCGUGUGUCACAUGAUAAUGGACUAUCUAGUGAGCCCGAUAGUACAUGACGAAUUUCAUAGAAAAUAUCAAUCUAGAAGAUUUAUGAAAGCUUCUAUAAUUUCUGUCCAAUGGGCUUUGAAGGUUAGGAAAAACGGCUAUGAUAUAAUGACUUUGCAUGAAUGA